AUGGUUGCCUUUGAUCCUUCACGCCUGGGCGUGAACUUCACCUCCCAGACCCACAGCGACACAUAUGCCCAGAUUGAUCCUUCCGGCAUCACCCCCGCGCCAUGCAUUGGAAGGACAAUCCUCGUUACCGGCGCCGCCAAAGGCAUCGGUCGAGCCAUUGUUGCGUCUUACGCCAAGGCGGGGGCCAAUCGCAUCGCCAUCACCGCCCGCGGGGACGUAUCCGCCACCCAUGCCGAGGCCCUCCAAGCAGCUGCAAAGGCGGGGAGAGAUGACGUUGAAUUUCUCAUCCUCCGGCUGGACGUCAACGACCAUGACACCAUCGAGGCAUGCGCCCAGGAGCUGGCCUCUAGGUGGGGGCACAUUGACAUUCUUGUCAACAAUGCGGGAUACCUGGCACCGUUUGUGCCAUUGGGCGAAGGGGACAGGGAUGACUGGUGGUUGACGUGGGAGGUCAACGUGCGUGGUGUCUACUGGGUCAUUCGUGCGCUUCUACCUCUUAUCCUGAAGAGCAAGGACAAGACGAUUGUCAAUCUCACCUCGGUCGGAGCCCUGGCGCUGACCCCCGGUGCGAGUGCCUAUCAGCCGUCUAAGCUGGCGGUGCUGCGUUUGUCCGAGUAUCUGAUGGUGGAUUACGAGUCCAGGGGCCUGCUGGUGUACUCUGUUCACCCGGCGUCAGUGGCGACUGAUCUCGCUAACAAUAUGCCAGCAGAAAUCGUUCAAGCUGUGUGUCAUGAUACUCCUGAGCUGGCCGGUGAUAGCAUUGUGUUUCUGACCAGCGAGCGACGGGAGUGGUUGGCUGGGAGGUAUAUCAGCUGCGCUUGGGAUAUGCCUGAGCUGAUGGCCAGGAGAAAGGAAAUCGUAGAGAAGGAUCUAUUGAAACUUCAGGUCCGGUUUCAAUGA